CAGCUCGCCGACCUUGCGCCGAUCAUCUUGGAGACCCGACAUCCACCCAUCACGCCUCUCUACCUAUCAUAUUACAUCACUCACCGAAACUCGACAAGGGCCGCGUCCGGCAGUCCCAAGCCACCAACAACCCGCCCUCCUUUCCCUCGAUAGCCAGAGAGGGUUGACAUUCUGAAGAUGGGAGAUCACGCUGCCAGCAAGCUGGAUCACGAGAACCACCUCCUCCUCGACCAACCGCUGCUCCGCCUGCCCGUCGAGCUCCUCCGCAAGAACUUCCGGUCGGCGCACUUCGAGGUCGAGAAGGAUGGGGCCUAUAUCAAGAACGCGCUGCGAGAGACGGCGACCGGGUGCGUCAACGGCCGCACCUCGCAGGCCGACGUGUUGCGCAACCUCGACACCAUGAUCGCCCGCAUGCGCGGCAUCAAGCGAAAGCUGACCACCUUCGCCGAAGAGGAGCAGCGUCUCCACCUCCACGAGGAGGCUCGCCUCAGGCACGUCUCCGAGCUGUAUGCCAUGCACAGCGUCGACGACGUCAAGUACGAAGCUUGGAGCCGCAUCCGCCUCAACCGUCUGCUCGUCGACUACCUCCUCCGCCACGGAUACAUCGAUAGCGCGCGAGCCCUGGCCAAGGAGAAGGGGAUCGAGGCCCUCGUCGACAUCGACACCUUCGAGCAGAUGAACAAGAUCCGCAAGUGCAUCCUGGGCCGGAGCGUGACCGAGGCCCUGGCCUGGUGCUCAGCGGGAGACACCAAGAAGGAGCUGCGGAAGAUGGACAGCAACCUCGAGUUUAUGCUUCGCUUCCAGCAGUACAUCGAGCUAGUCAGAGACCCGUCCACGAAGGCCGGCGAUAUCGUGACCCACGCGCGCAAGUACCUGGGCUCGUACCGGGGUUCGUACAGGCAAGAGAUGCUGCAGGCGUGUGGGAUGCUGGCGCUGCCGCCAGGCUCGGCGCAGGACGUCGACGCGUAUGUGGACCUGUACUCGCCGGCACGGUGGGAGAUGCUAGCGAACCUGUUCACGACGACGCACAACGCGCUGCUGGCGCUGCCGCCGGUGCCGCUGCUGCACGUGGCGCUGUCGUCGGGCCUGUCGGCGCUCAAGACGCCAGCUUGCCACUCGCACCACCCUCCGCCGUCCUCGCCGGAGUCCUCGUCCUCGUCGCCGUCGCCGUCGCCGGCGGCCGAGGCGGGAAGCGGCCACCCGGUCGCGCACCGGACCCCCACCACAUCCGCCGCCGCCACCGCUAGCCUCACCGCCAGCGUCUGCCCCAUCUGCAGUACCGAGCUCAACAGCCUCGCCCUGAACGUGCCGUACGCCUUCCACAGCAAGAGCUACGUCGAGCCGGACCUGCUGCUGCUACCCAACAGCCGCGCGUACGGCAAGGCCCGCCUCGAGGAGCACGCACGAAAGGCGGGACUGCCCGAGGGCCAGGUCAAGGACCUACGCACCGGCGAGGUCUUCGCCGUCGACGAGCUCAAGAAGGUGUACAUCACGUGAACGUGGUUGUUCCUACCACGACCUAUACUACUGCUGCUGCUGCUGCUGCUGC